AUGCCAGACAACAGCUCGAGUACGGGGGCGUUCCUCAUUCGCGAGGUGUGGGAGAGCAACCUCGAGGAGGAGUUCGCGGCAAUCCGACGGCUCAUCGACCGGUUCCCGUACGUGGCGAUGGACACAGAGUUCCCGGGCGUCGUUGCGCGGCCCAUCGGCUCGUUCAGCUCGACGUCGGACUACCACUAUCAGCUGCUGCGGUCCAACGUCGACAUCCUCAACAUCAUCCAGCUGGGCAUCACGCUGAUGGAUGAGGCCGGCAACCCGCCGCCAGGCGUGUGCUCGUGGCAGUUCAACUUCAAGUUCAGCCUCAGCAGCGACAUGUACGCGCAGGAAUCGAUCGAUUUGCUGACAAAGUCAGGCAUCGACUUUAUGAAGAACGACGAGUUCGGCAUCGACGCCUUCCACUUUGGCGAGCUGCUGACUGACUCGGGCCUGGUGCUGUUCAAGAACGUCCGGUGGGUGUCGUUCCACAGCGGCUACGACUUUGGAUAUCUUUUGAAGCUGCUCACGUGUGCAGCGCUUCCCGAGGACGAGGACGGCUUCUUCCGCGUACUGCAUACCUGCCGCAUGCUGAAGGGCGGGCUGCAGGACGUGGCCGACGAUCUGGACGUGCCGCGCAUCGGCCCGCAGCACCAGGCCGGGUCCGACAGCCUGCUGACUGCCAUGACGUUCUUCCGCCUGCGCGAAAAGUACUUUGAGAACAGCGUUGAUGAGCCCAAGUACAUGGGCCACCUGUUUGGGCUUGGCUCGCAGCUGUUCCAGACAAGCUAA